GCUUUAACCUCUAAAUACUGAGUUUGAUUGUAGAAUCAUUAAAUUCAAUGAGUAUGUUUCAGACUUUAGAAUUCUUAUAGUUAGAAUGCAAUAUGACUUAGGUGUAUUUUGUAAUGUAGGCAUGCAGAUUAUUAGAAUUACUACAAUACAAAGCAUUGCUCAUGUGAUAUAUUAUAAAUGUAUAAUAUCAAUUUACUUUCAGAAUGGCACAAAAGACCAUUGCUGAAAUAGAAGAGAUGUCAAGUAGUAGGCCAACUCCUUACUCAGGAAGCUUGAUUGCCAAGGUCAUAAAGAUUGGACAUGUUGCAAAAUUUAAGAACAGUAAUGGAGAAGAUGCCGAGCUUAUAAACUUUAGCUUGGCUGACAAAUCUGGUGCAAUUCUAGCAAGUUGUACAGGAAAGGACAGAAUGAUUCAAGAAGGUAAAACACUUCUUAUAAGAGACUUCAUCAUUAAAAAUGGGAAGGUGGCCAUGUCUCACAAAACAAAGAUAAUGGCAAAGGCAAGCAUGUCCAUUCCAGAUUCCGUGGUACAAAGAGCUGUAUACCUCAUCCUCCCACCUUCCCCACUGAAAAAGAUAGAGGAAGUCUUAACAUUACCACCAAGAACUAUUUCAACAGUACAGGGACAGCUGUCAAAGAUUGAAUCUACUAGAACUGUGAAAGUGAGUGGUUCAGACACCGUCAUCAGGACAAUAAGCUUACAAGAAGAUGGUAAAAAGAUCGACGUAACCCUGUGGCGUGAUAUGGCUGAAGAAGAUCUGAAAAUAGGCCAGUAUUUGUCCAUAUCACACUGUAUGGUAAAUGAAUGGCAGUCGCAAAAGACUCUGAACACUACAAGAAACUCCCAAGUACAGAUCAUUCAGCCCCUGACAACAACUGUGAAGGGUUUUAUAGAGGCACUGACAAUCGGUGAUGUGACAGUGGAGAUUGCAGUCAAAGAGAAUCUGAAAGACGAGUACAAAGAUUAUACAGUUGACUUGGCCCUCUUGAGAACACUUCUUCCUGACACCAACGAUGUCGCAAAUGAACAUCUGGAAGACUACCUUCUUGAAAAACUUCCUAUUGAGAUACAACUAAUUGCUCAAGGGUCAAAUGUGCAACAUAUGAAACUAAUUGAACCAGAAAGAGACAUGGAUUAUUCCAUUGAGCUAUAGAGCAAUUUGAUGAUUUCUCUGAAAAAAACGUGUUGUGUAAAAAAGAAAAUGUCCGUCUUUAACACACACCAAUUUCAGUUUAGCGGUACUUCCAGCAUUAUUUUUGGUGCAUUUUUACUUCCAUAUAUCUUUUUACUAUUCUCUGCAACAUUACUUUAUGAGAGGUGACUUCCUAGUAAUUAGCAUGCUUAAGUGUCUGAAACAUUUUCCGUUUUUAUGUACAUUUAGUACGGACUGUACGGUAAUAUUUUUGUAUAUAAAUCUUUCUUUUGCAGCUUUUUUCCUGAUUAGUUUGUCCCUUUUUUUCCACUCAUUGUCUAUAAGUUUUGUGUUAGGCAUGUGUAUAUUAAGUAUAUUUAUCAUGUUAAUAGGAAGGUAAACCUUUCAGCAUUGCUGUGACCCUUUCCAUGGGCAAACAACUUGUAAAUGUAUUCUUGGUUCUGGAAAAUUGUUUUCAUUAUAUACAUGUUGUCUGAAUUUCUCUAUUAUAAAACAUGAUUAGCUUUCUCAGAUUUGAAAUGGUCUUGUAUUUAAGCUGUAAUCUUGUGCUGUUUGCUUGAAAUACUUUGACAUCAUUAUGUACAUGAAGUUAUAUUAUUGUUUGAUUUUACACAAGUACAGUGUAUAUUAAUUUAUAGCAGUUGUUCCUUUAAGUUUUAUAUUGACUAAUUCUCAAUAUUCAUCUGUAAACCUUUGUCGAUACUCUGGUAGAUUCUUUCUUAUAGUGUUUUUAGAUCAAGUAGUCUUUAUUAUGCCUAAAGGGAUGUAUGUCCGCUUGUCUCUUGUGGACACUGCUUCAACUGUAAAAUACACACCUGUACAUCUAUGUAGGAAUUGUUUAUUUAUGGAUUUACGACACAUUUUUAGGACUAAAAGGUACAUGUAUGAAAGAAGUUUAUUAUCAGGUCAAAAUAGUUUUGCAAUCAGACAGCACAAUUUAACAGUUAACCUUAUAUUUCAGUAAAAUAUAAUUUCAUUCUCACUUGAAUUUCCAUGCAGUGCAAAUAAAUUCCCCUAUAUACAUUGUAAAACAUCUAUACAAAAUCUUUAUUCAGUAUUGGAACAUGUAAUUUAUAAGCA